AUGAGCAGCGAAAAAGAAAUUCAACAACAAUUAUCACAAAUGCAAGGUCAAGGUUUUGAUCCCGAAGCCCAACAAAGACAAGAGGCUCAAAGACAAGAAGCAAAUGAAAGAAGACAAGGUAUCUUAAUUCAAAUUUUGACACCAGAUGCUAGAGAAAGAUUAUCAAGAAUUACAAUUGUCAAACCAGAGAAAUCACGUCAAAUUGAGGAUUUAAUAAUAAGGGCAGCACAAACUGGUCAAUUAACAGAGAGAGUUGAUGAUGCUAAACUUAUCUCAUUAUUGGAACAAUUAAGUGAAAAAACAAAAAAAACAACAAUUACAAUGAAAAGAAGAACAAUUGAGGAUGAUGAUUAA